AAAGCAUUAAGCAUAUUAUUUUUUUAGGUGGCGCUGAACAGAAAAUGCAGUCUAAGGGUUGUGGAGUGGCGGAGGCUUGUAUGACUGCAUCUAUUAACUUCGGAGUUACAAGGACAGUUACAUCUACACAAUGCUGUAACACAGACCUUUGUAAUAGCAAAGACGCCUCAGAUUCCAGCUCUAACAGCCCCAAUGGAAAACAAUGUUACUACUGCGAUGGACAGAGUUGCACCAACAAAUUAAACUGUAUAGGAAGCGAAGACUACUGCAUUAAAGCUACAGUACCUGGUGGGUCUGCGUCUCAGACUCUUAAAGGAUGUGCCUCUAAAUUUAUCUGUGAUACAUCAGCACAAGGGAAUGCAGGUCUCACGGGCUCAUGUUGUCAGGGGAGUCUGUGUAACGGUGCUAAGAGCGUCACACAGAAUCUCCUCUUUCAUUUAUGGCCGCUCUUCUUCUACAUCCUGAUCCACUGAAUUCAGCAAAACUUCACUCUUUACAGGAGAUAUUGUGGUGGGAUUAGUUAAAUAAAAAAAAUAGUAUUUUUUAUGAUUUAUGCAUCUUAUCACUCUCCAACAGCAGUAUGUGAUAUAUUUUGGAUUUAAAAACAAUGUUUAAUUUAAUAUAGCUAAAUUUUCAUUGUAUUUUUGGUGUUAUAUUAGAAAAAAUACUGCAAAUAGAGAAAACAUGAAAUAAAAUGUAACCACACCCCUAUACACUUGUUUCA